AUAAUAAUAAUAAUUGAUUAGCUUAUUCCUAUUUGAAAACGUUUAUAAAAGGGAUGAGUCAAUUAAAAUGCCACAAAAUUUCCCAUCAUCAUUGCACAGAGGCUGUUCCUAGAAGCUGAUGUGAGGCGAGGAAUUCAAAUGUUGAGUCAUUUCAGUUUUCUGUAUAAAUGCCUCAUUGCAGCUCAAUGCAGCUCAAUGCAGUUAAGUUACAGAAGUCUCCAAAACAAACAAAAAAACAAGCUAACCCUUUGGCGCGUUUUGUAUAGGCCUACUGUAUAAAAACCUCGUGGGCACAUCUACUCAAUGUCACCAUGCAGCUUUCAGAAUAUUUAUGCCCUGCAAUUUACCGCAACCGGUAGACGUCGCUCUGCCUACAUUUCCCAGCAUUCCUGCACCUCGGGGCGGAAAUGUCGUCUCAAAGAUACUUAAUAAAGCUGCUUCCCAGGCAGCUGAAAUAGACCAAUGCGUAGCGGGGUGAACCUGCUGUGUGUGGCUGCGAUGGGACGAGCACGGAGAAAUGACAGCUUGUGCAGGAAUUUAGGCUGAACUGCAUCCCAACCGUAGAGAGGACCGCAACUGUCGGCUCGGACGAACUAUGUGACAGCUGUCACUCCUCCCCUCCAGAGAUUUUUUUAUUUUUUAUUUUUGAAAUUUAAGAAUGGAUCCGGUGAAAUGGGUGCUGAAGUUGACCCGGCGGUGUCCUCUGGAUGUUGCGGUGCUCCGUCUCAAACUCGACCAGAUUUAAAUGUCAGUGGAAAUGCUACCUCUCUCUCUGUGGGACGGUGAAAUCGUUUGCAGCAAUUUGGGGAAAAAUAACGGGAGCGGGUGUGAAGGAGACAACGGAAAUACCUCUCUGACCGAAGAACUGUGUGAGCCGCCGUUCAUGCUGAAUAUCUCCGGGAUCUCACGCUGCUGAAGACACUGGAGACUUUCCAGUGGGUUGUUUUAUAGGUAGACUUCUUUUUGCAUGUUGUCUUUUUUUUUUUUUUUUGGUCGGCUAAAAAUAGACCACAAUUCAUGCAAUUGCUCUGCACGAACCCUUAAUCCACACAUGUUGUAUUGACGUAAUAACGUACGCUCCUAAACCGUUAAAUUACACUUUUUUCAUUGUGAUGAAGUGAAGCAAUUGCGGAUUACAUGGACAUCAAGCUGCUCCAUGCAAUACCUCUGGACGUUGUGGUGGAUUGUGUUGCUAUUUAAUGCAAUGGGCUGUAUCCAGAGUAUCAGGUGUAAGCCCAAGAGUUUCCGAGACAGUAUCAUCGUCCUGGAGGUGAACACUUCCAUCGACUCCAACCCCACCAGCAUCGACGAGUCAUCCAGCGUGGUCCUGCGAUACCGGACACCGCACUUCCGAGCUUUUGCCCGGGUCCUGGUGCCACCAGUAGCCCGUAAAGAGACAUGGACCAUCGGCUGGAUUCAAGCUUGUAACCACAUGGAGUUCUACAACACGUACGGAACUAAGGGGAUGUCAAGCUGGGAGCUCCCUGACCUGCGUGAUGGCAAGAUCCAGGCCAUCAGCGACUCAGAUGGUGUCAACUACCCUUGGUACGGCAACACCACAGAGACCUGCACCAUCGUAGGCCCCACCAAGAAGGACAGCAAGUUCAGUGUUAGUAUGAAUGACAAUUUCUACCCCAGCGUGACCUGGGGUGUGCCGGUCAGCGACAGCAACGUGCCUCAGCUUAGCAGCAUCCACCGAGACCAGAGUUUUACGACCUGGCUGGUGGCCAUCAACCAGGCCACCUCAGAGACACUUGUCCUGCAGACAGUCCGCUGGAGGAUGCAGCUUCACAUCCACGUGGACCCAGAGAAGCCUCUGGGUCACAGGGCUGUUCUGAACGAGCCCUUUGCCCAGGAACAACCUCAGAUCCUGGGCAAGAAUGAGCCCAUCCCCCCUAACGCCAUGGUCAAGCCCAACGCCAAUGACGCCCAGGUGCUGAUGUGGCGGCCAAAGAAUGGUGACCCUGUGGUGGUCAUCCCACCCAAAUACUGACCCGUUCCACUGACCAGACUGGCCUUGGAUACCUGAACAGUAUCAUCUUUUAUUUGUUAUCCUUCUUUUGUACCUGCUAUUCACCAGCUCUCACUGCUUUAACCCUUCUUUGAUAUUUAUUUUCUUCUUUUCUUUGCCUCUUUUCUUAUGUUUAAAAAAACAGAGAGAAAAACAGGCAGAGACAAAUGAAAGCAGGACUAAACCAGCUCUGAAAAAAGACCAGCUGUUGCUUUGAGGUGUACUUUUAAAACUGGAGUGAACAAACUGCAACCAUUCUACCUUCAAACUGGGUCGGGCCUCACUGUGCUAAACAAAGUCACUGCAAAAAUGAAAAACAAGAGAAUUUCUUGUUUUUAUUAUUUUAAUUUUGUAUUUUGGCUGUUUGGGCCAAGUGAUAUUGGGUUUGUGAGUGUGGGUGGAUUGAGGUAUUUACAUGACCAUGUCUGCACACUUGCUACAUACAUGGAUAUGCACAAACUUUGUGUAUGAAUACCAGUUGUGUUUUUAUUUAUGGGCUGGGAGAGAGUGCAUUUAAUUGUUUGUUGUUGUGUGCUUCCCAUGACAAAUUGCAUCGGGUGACAUAGAUUUUAGUACUUUUUUAAUAACAUGCAAGACAUUCAAUCCAUGCUGCCUUAAGUUGACAUCGCUUUCCACUGCAAACGUUUUAGCCUUAAACUAAGUGCAAUGCAGUAUUUUGCUCAUUUGUCCCGUCUCUUCCAGACUGUUGGUGCUGGCAUGUGUGGGUUUAGGACAGGAACAAUACCACUGAAGAAGAAGACCUGGGUCAGAAAUCUAGGCUUUUGUGUUCAGUUGAAUUUACUUGACUGAUGUAUUGACUCACAAGCACAACCAGCAUCAUGUGUAGACACAGCUAUACAACAAGGCUAACUAGUUGUGUUUCAAGUGCAUUAUGCAACAGAAGAGAUGCUCUGUGCUGAUGAACAUACAGAGAACAUCAUUAAAGCCAACCCUGGUCAAUAGCACUCAACACAAUAAAUCAUACGUGCAAUAAGCUUGAGCAAAAGGUACUCAAAAGCGCUCCUCAGUUAACCUCAUUUCAUUAUUCUGUUUAACGACAGAAAACAAAUUUUCCCUUCUCUGCAUCACUCCAUCUCAGGGCCCCUUUUCACUUCCUUCCCUUCUCUUUUUUCAAACAUCCUGUCUUGCCCACUCUUUCUUGCCACAGUUGUGUUUGUGUUGUUCAUACUGAACAAUCAAUACCUUUAUUAAUAAGCAGACACACACAGGGGAAAUAACUUUCAAUAACUGGAAAAUGAGACAGCGCCGCUUGCUAGAAAACAGCAAGCUAUCUGUUAUG